CCUCAAACUGAAAUAGAAGAAUGGGUGGGUGUAGAUGAUACAGGAAAGGAAGGCAAACACUCAAACAGUGCAUUUACUCACAAGCAGCAGAAGGUUUCUUCAGUUUGUCUGGUUUAUUGGAGAAAAUGGAGUUCAGACUGGUCAUUUUUUUGUGUUUCUGGGCAGCUGCUGAAGAAGGACUGAAACUGGAGGCAGAUGUGCCAUUUCAGCGUGUGCCCGUUACCCAUGAAGCCGCAAUCCGCUGCUGCUACCGUUGGGAGAUGGAACACAAAGUCGACUGGUUUAAGCAUGUUCAUGCCAUCAAAGAAACCGAAUCUAAAAUCAUAAAUGACUCUGACACUGUGAAGAUGAUGAAGAAUGAAACGAAAGGAGUCAAAUGCAAUUUUCUGCUUUUGAAGAGCACUCAACUCAAUGAUACCGGCCUUUACCAGUGUAAACUGCAUCAUAGCACACUUCAAACUUUUACCCAUGGUACCUUUCUUCAAGUAUACAUACCUUUGCAGAAGAGCUUGAACCUCAGUGAGAGUGUGAAGAACAGCAUCAUUACAGCAGAAGGGGUGUUGCUGCUGCUGUUUGUGCUGAUCCCUGGCAUUAUGUUGCUCUGCAAGUCAAAGACGUUGAAUGAACUGAGCAAGAAGAAAGGACGGGAGGAGGAGAAUAUCUAUGAGGGUCUAAACCUGGAUGAGUGCAACUCAGCUUACCAUCAAAUUCAACGCUCCAGUCAGCAAGGCCCUUAUCAGGAUGUGGCCAGCUGUGGAGAAGACAUUCAGUUGGAGAAGCCAUAGCUGGAUAUGAAGAAACAAGGAAAGGAACCAUUUGACAGGCUUACAUGAUAGACAAACAAGGAAAAGGGUGAACUCUGUGUUUUAUUUGAGAUGAAUUGUUUAAUUGGUAAUUUUAGCAUUUCAUGAGCCUACUGUGUCAGUAUGUCUUUGCAUCUGUCUAAUAGUUUGAAUAUAAGAUUGUUUAUGUCUUGCAGUGGAAAAUCGAAAAUAUCUGCUAAUGAUUUAAAUAAAUUGUAUAAAACA